AUGGCAAUAUUAACAUCUACAAUUCCUGCAGAAAGAAAAAACCUUCGUGCAUGUCUUUUAUGUGGUAUUGUUCUUCCUUACAAACAUUUUCUAUCAGAAGGAUGUCCUAACUGUGAAUCACUUCUUCAGAUUUCUGCAUCAGAAGAUCUAGUACAGGAAUGCACGUCUCCUAUUUAUGAAGGAAUUCUUGCUGUAAUGCAACCUACAGAGUCUUGGGUAGCAAAAUGGCAGCGUAUUAAUCGAUUCGUAGGCGGCAUAUACGCUGUUCGUGUACAAGGCCAACUACCAGAAGAAAUAGUUGAACAGCUUAAUCACCGUGGUGUUCAAUAUCGUCCUCGUGAUGGGUCAAUGGAUGACUAG